ACAUUUAACGAUAUCGAAAGCUUUUUAGCUUUGAAAAUAUUUAAGAUGAGACCUUACUCAGAGUUGGCUGACAUUGUUUUAAAAUUACAAAAUUUAGACCAAAUUAAAGAAUUUUUAGGAAACAUCUUAAACGAAGUGUGUUUCGUCAAGAAAAAAGGGGAGCUAUGGAUUGAGGAAAAAGAAACAUCAACUUUCGAAGAAGUCAAAGAAUACAUAAAAAAGACAACUACAGACAUUUUACAGCGUUGCAUUGCCGGAACAAGUAAUCAGUUUAAGAACAUAUCUGACUCAGCUACAGCUUUAGAAAGCACCUUACAUUUACAAUCAGAGGCUCCUGAAUCGUCAAACCUUAUCUUAACAGAGUCUCAGUCUUUGACAGAAAAGUUCGAGGAAAUUCAUUCUAGUUUCACUUUACAAAGUAAAAAGGUAAAGAAACUACAGCAAAAAGCAAACGAUCAACACAAGAUAAAUAAAAUGCUGGAAGAGAAAAUAAAGAAGUGUGACGAUAAUAAUGCAAAAGUAUUUAAGUUACAAGAAUAUUGGAAUGAAAAGAAUAGCGAACUUAAAGAAGAAUUUACGGAAGAGUUUCAAGCAGCUAGUAGUUUUAUGUCUCAUCUACAAACUCAGUAUGAAAGUUUGUCACAUGAAUUUAAGGAAAAUAAAGCAAUGGACAUGAUAGAGGUCCUCCAAUUUACCACAGAUGAUAUUAUAGAGAAAAUACUACGAAGACAACAAGAUAUGUAUGAAAAACUUGAUCAUCUUGAAACAGAACAAUAUCAUUUAAAAAAGAAUUAUGCUGACAAGAAGAAAGCAAGAAAGAAUUUAGAAUUUAUGUGUAGGCUUCUAAGUCCACUCAACGUUAAAUGCGUGGAAGACUGUCCUCAUUUAAUAGGUCAUCAUGAACAGCAAAUAUUUGAAAGUGAUGAGGGUGACUGUCAAGGAUAUCUAAAAAAUUGUACAAAGAAUCCAGGACAUAUAGAUUUUAUACGUGUCAGUAAUUUAAGAUUAGACAUUCUACCUCAAGAUUACCGUGAUCCUGUUUUGUAUGGAUUUAUCAAAGCUGUAUCUGAUCUGACAGUUAAAAUAAGUGUCACUACAACCAGUCCACACAGACCAAAGUUUUGGCCAGGUACAAAUGUUUUAUAUCCCUUGUAUAAAGCUAGAGAAAAGCAGCUUUUUAGGACUGGAAGUGGAAAGAUAAACGCAGUAAAUAGAAGAGUAGAAGCAGCAUGCCCAUGUGAUAAAUGUAAAAAUUCAGACAAACCAAAGACUGAUUGGUGGGAGAUAGAAGUUACGACAGCCGCAAGUGUUGUAUUUGACGAGAGUGAGGCGAGCUUUGCUACCGUGAGGCUGUUUUAUGAUACAGAAGAAAGCGAAGAUGUUUCUGUUAAAUGUGCACAGCAUAGUGGAUUAUUUAAAAGCAUCGAGCGUGACUUGUGUUGGUUUAAUUGUGUGACUUGUGAUACAAGACUUGCUGGAAAGCUUGAGAAAAUGAGACAAAGUUACGAAGAUUUCCUAGAGAUAGUUGCACAAAAGUACACACUAACAAGAGAAAUUCAUAAACUGAUGUUUCUAGUGUCACAUCCUCAUGGUUGCUGUAAACGUAUUAGCUUUGGCCAAUGGAAUGAGAAAUACAUUGUCAAAACAUAUUUUGAUAAGUUUACCUAUUCAACAUGUACAUGUCCAGGAAGUAGUGGAGCCAGAGUUUACUGUUUGGGAUAUGCCUGGAGCAUUCAUGAAGGAAAUAUGAAAUGUGGGCUUAAUUACAGUAGUGGUUAAAAUUGGUUAUUUUGUUUAAGAUCUUAAGAAGAUUACAGUAAAUCAGAAGUCGAGAUCUAGUUCUAGAUGGCUAUAUAAUGAAAGUAUCAAUAAAAACUUGAUCAAUAAAACAAUGCCAGCUGACCUAAUAAGUAGCAUUCUUCGUUCAAGGAGAGAUAGUUGUCAACAUCAUUAAUUCGACAAAAAGUUUAGAGCUAGUUUUGCUUUAAAGUAUAUUUUUUUAUAUAUUUAUUUUAUUUUUAGUUGUAUAAUGUAGGUAUUUUCUUUGAAAAAAAAUGUAUUUUAAAAUUUUUUUCUUUUUUUUUUCAUGUGGAAAUAAUUAAGGCACUGUAGAUUAAAAAAGGGAUUUAGUUUGUUUAACAAUUGAGAAAAAAAGUUACAAGUUUCAGCAUCUUCUAUCAUGGAAUUGAAGGAAUCGUUGAAAAUUUUACUAGAAUUUUACGUUUUAAAAAAAUUGCUUUUUAUUGUAAUUUUAUGUAAUGUUAUAUCUCAAUAGUCUGGUUUAUAUGAUGAAAGUUCUACUGUCACCUGUUUUUAUUCAGAACACUGGUUUCAUCUAAAUCUAGAUUUUAUAAAUAUAGCUUUAGUCUAGACUGUAGAUAAUUGUCGUAAUUUAUUUUCAUUUCACUAUGACUUGUUUAGUUUUAAUUAGUUAUUUUGGAAAAAAUUAACUGAUUCUAGCCUAGAGUGCCAGAGGAAAUGUUGUCAUGAUCUUAAGGGAUAUAUUUUCAAAAAUUAUACAAAAUCCGCAGACAUUGACUAGUACAUGAAGAUUAUUCUACUAGAUCUGAAGUAGGCUUUUGUUUAGUUGCUGAGCAGUUCUUUUUCUCCACUUACUUGGGUUGUGAGCCUCCUCUGUCAUAACUGAAGUAAAUGACGUACAAGUAUACCUCAAACUGAUAAUGUUAAAUACAAUCUAAAAAUCUAAAGUAAGAGUUGGAAGGAUAUCAAUGGUUAUGUGGUCAGAUCUGGGACUAGUGCAGAGCUUCAAAUGAUUAUUGGUGAUAUGAAAAAAGAUGUAAACCGAAAAAUGUGAAGAGUUUUAGAGAGAGAUUUAUUCUUCCUUGGACCAGAUUGUUAAAGAAAUAGUCUCCAGCUUUGAGAAUCCUUAUGAUGAGGCUAAUGAAAAAAUUAGUGUCGCCUUCCUAACUAUUUAAUCCUUUGAUAAAAAUCAUUCUCUAGAAGGCUCAUUAUAGCUUUGACAACUAAAUAAAUUUCUUUAAGGGCGAAAGAGGGUUCAACGGUUUGUAUCAGUUCCUUCCCGGAGGAUUUCCAGCUACCUGUCGCCUCAGCGUGGCCCUCCGGUGGAAACAUCCAGAGGUGGAUCUGGACAGGCUAAGAACGAGUAGCGAACCAGGCCUUCUAGCAGGUCUCCCUGGGUGAGCUUUUGUUUUUUUUUUAUCUCACUCGGGGUGGGGAUGGAACAAGUAACCUGCAACCCAGUCCAAAAAGUCCGCCACGCCGUUCCACAAAGGGGGUCGUCAUCAGUUCCGCAUUGCUGGAUUGGCGGCCCUUGCACGGAACAGUGGCGGUUACAGUAUAGGAAUAUGAGACAAUCUCCCCGCAGUUAGCGCUGUCCCUGACACUUAUAGCGGGUGACUUAAGACUCGGGGACGGUGCGCUGUGUACACGGCACGGCCCGGUUUUACCAGUCAGUCAACCAAUAUGGCCGCCUACCGUUGGGUGCCCUCAGACAGGAGAGGGGUGAAGAGCCCCAUGUCCAGGCCUGGUGGUUGGAUAAAAGCCUUUCUAACCAUCAACGGGAUAAUGGCGCCUCCGGCGCCGAUUCCCUACUGGACUUCAUCGAAGGUAUUAGUUCCUUCAGACGCCUCCGAGCUUCCAAACAAGGAGCUGAUGGUCUCUUGAGUUAUAGUUUUAAAAAAUAAGUUAUAAGCAUUUCUCAAACUGUGAAGAUCACCUCCUACGCCUUUGGGGUAGGCGAGGUCUUUCUCAAAGGGGGCCGACGCUCAGACAAGAAAGGUUGGAGGGGGGGGGGGCGAAGCCAGUUCAUAUUUUUUAAUAGGACAAAUGAGAAUGAAAUCUUUAUUUUCAUUGUAGUUAUCAAUCCAUUAACCAAGUAAAAUGACAUUAUUAACUAUGUUUAACUAAUUUAAAUAUUUUAAAGUCGUUUCAUCUUCUAGUAUGAUUAUUUUAAAAUUCGACGUUGUCGAAAAUAGCAAGACCUCUUACUUAACAUGAAAACGAUGUUACUGUGAUUACGACCAUUACAGACGAAAGAUUCCUAUAUGUAGCUAUAUUAUUCUGACACAAUAAAAUAGGCCAGUUAUGUCCCCUCCUUAAUUCAACUUAAUUAUUUUUACUUUUUUUAAUAAAAUGAAAAGUGUGCUUAUUUACUCGAAAACGCUCCGAUCUAUUUUCGCUUUAAUUUUUUUUUUUACUUGCAUCUUCCUUCUAAUAUAAAAAAUUUUAAAGUUCAUAACUCAGGAAAUGGCUUGGCGCCUUGGAUUCCACUUACAGCGCUUCCUCAGACCCUCUUAUUAGAUGGAUGAGGAAGCUACUGCAUCUUCGAUACCAUCUUCUGAAAGAAAAUUAUCUAGUUUAGAAAACAUUAUUUACGAAAAAAACAAACUGAAGGGACUAGACUUUCUGGACAUUCAUUGCUUUAAAUUUGAUUUCUUAAAGUAUUUUAAAUCUUUUUUUUUUAGAAUAUUUUAUUUUUCACUACAUUCUCAAAGUUCUCCCAAAACCUAUUGCUCUACACAAGGUCUCCAGCUAACUAAAAAGGGGGGGGGGGGGAAGAAUUCUUCUCUUCAAGAAGAAAGUUUGAGAAACACUGAGCUACAUAAUUCAGUCCCAAUUUAGUUCAUAGAACAAUGGCUUGUAGAAAUUAAUUUUUCGAUAAAAUUAUUGAUAGAUUUGUAACAAGGGAGAAUGUAAGAUUCAUUUUUUUUUAAUUGAUUUUUUUUUAGAAUCACGAAUACUUUUCCAAUGAAUGCAUAUUUUUGGAAUAAAAAAGUUUUUUUUUUAAAUAAAUGUAUUCAUUAAUUUUUUUGGAGGGCAUCAGGUUUAUCUACUUUUUCAGAGAUCAUGUUAGUAUCUCAGCUACGCAACUCAUGAAAACCUUUUGGCACAAAUGUAUUUUGUUAAGAGCGUAUUUAGAAAUACAAUGAUCCAGCACUACUUAUUAUCCAGCUAACCAUUAUUUAUUUAACUCACUAGUUCUACAAAUUUAUAAUGUAUUUUUUUUUAAAGAAAAAAAUGUUAAUUAACAUUCCAAUAAUAUAAUUAAAAAAAUCAUGCAAUAGAAAAAAAAAUCCCUGAGAAUGUCUUAAAGGAAAAUAAAAUAUGUAUGUGUUAAUCACAGAUCUAUUAUACCUAGACUGGAAAAUAGAAACGUAUGCUUAUUUGAUCAUUAUUCGAUCGUUAUGUACGAAAUCUUUUUCAAGCUUUAAGGGUAGUCGCCUUGAUCCUUGGCAAAAUGUUUUUUUCUGUCUAAGAAAUUAACUAUUUUUAGUUUUCAAAGUUUAUAAAUAAUGCAAUCCCAUUUAAGGAUUUUAAAUAGAAGGGGUUAUUAAUAACUAUAUAUUCUCGCAAAUAUAUGAAAUAAAGCCAUGUCCUGUUGGCUUCCAUUGAGAUAAUGUUUCGAAAAUCCUAGAUAGAAAUAAUUAAAGUUUGUUGAUUUUAAUCAUCUUAUGUAUAUUUAAAUAGAUUGAUUACCUAGUUCUUUUGAGAUUAUGUAUCUAAAAAUUUAAAUAAUAGUCAUGAGAUGAGAAUGCUCUUAUUUUUUAUGUUCAAUUACUAAAUCUAGAUCUGAAUAUUGAAUUAUAUGUUACAUAGGUUAGGUUUGAAAAAACAACAACUUUACUUAUUAUAUCUACUGAACAAAACAACGC